AAUUUUUUAACGCCAAUACUAUUUUAUGUAUCAUCACUCAACGCCUGUCAUUACGGACCUUUGCUCUUUUCCUGAUGUUGAUGAUACUACUAUAACAGACAGACUAAGGGCUAGAUACAUGAACUAUCAGCCUUAUACAGCUAUAGGAUAUUGUAAUAUCAUAGCAGUAAACCCUUUCAAGAGGCUUGCCCAAAACGACACGCAAACUAGCGAAGAGUAUGUUACAUUCUACAAAAACCCUUCAGUCAACAGCUGCUUUAAACUCGAUCCACAUGUUUUUGGACUUGCAAAUGCGUCUUAUUUCCGUAUGCGAAGAACAGGAAACGGUCAAGUGAUAUUAUUACUAGGCGAGUCUGCAAGUGGAAAGACGGAAAUACAAGACUUAAUUAUUCCACAUCUCAUACGUUUGGGCUCAAAUAAGAAGAAACAAAAGAUGCAAGGGUAUAUUAUAGGUGGUCAUAAAGUGCUAAACCUAUUUGGAUCAGCAACAACAUCUCCCAUAACAAGGUAUAGUUCCCGGUUUGGUGUCUAUAGUGAAAUACACUUUAAUGAGCGUGGUAAAGUGGUUGGAGGAAACAUUGCUACUUAUCUCUUGGAAAAGUCGAGACUGUGUGGUGGUGUUUCCAAAUCUCGACCAAGUCAAGGAAACUUUACAGUAUUCUACUUACUAUUAGCCGGCACAAAUCCUGAUGAAAAGCAGGUACUACAGCUAACAGAUGAUCCCAAGUCAUUUAAUUACUUGGCGUCAUACAGUAGAAGUAUUUCAAGCAGCGACGCAGAACAGUAUAACGAACUGAAGAGCGUGAUGCGUACGGCAGGCUUUAAGAAGGACCACUUCAAUUUUAUUAUUCAGCUGCUAUCGGCUAUACUACAUCUAGGGAAUUUGAUUUUUAUGCCUAGUGAUGGAGCUGAAGAAACAGUAUCUAUCAAAAACAUGGAUUGUUUGGAGCUGAUUGCUGGCUUCUUGGGGCUUCAACCAGAGACACUCAAAUCAUCUCUAGCCUUUAAGACGGUUACUAUCAGAAAAGACAUAACAACCCUGAUAUUAGAUGUAGACCAAGCCACAGCACAAAGGGACGAUCUAGCACAAACACUUUAUUCACUACUGUUUACUUGGCUGAUGAACUAUAUCAAUGAACGAAUUUCAUGUGACGACUAUAACAGCUAUGCAGGCAUUCUAAAUCUUCCUGGAAGUCAACCUACAGCGACGAAUACGGCGGAUUUUUACCAGUUUUGCGUCAACUACGCAAAUGAAAAAAUACAUGACUUCAUGAUGGAUCGCAUGUUUGUAGCCGACGCGUUCGAGUUAGAGUCAGAAGAAAUAAAGACUUCAAAGGUGCAUAUGAAAGAGAAUAAGAGAUGCUUGGAGCUACUCGAGAGGCCACAUCAUAGUAUUUGUGCGCUAUACAACAAGGUUACGGAAAAGAUGCUCAGCGGUAAAAAGAUGGUUUCGAAUGAAAGCGCGGUUGAAGCUAUCAGCAAAUAUAAUGCAGACUACGAGGAGGUAUCUAUUCAUAAAUCGGAUACUGGCGCUCGAUUAUUCGCCAUACGCCACUUUGUUGGAGAUGUGACAUACGAUUCCAAGGAUUUCGUAUCCUCCAAUAAUAAUCAGCUAUCACAAGAUUUUGUCUCUUUAUUCCGUGGAAGCGCUGAUAGUCCUGGAUCUCUCAACAGCUUUGUUGUGCAGUUAUUCUCUGAUGAAAACAUCACUGCAGAUACCCACAUGUAUCCAGAAGCGCAACAGAAGGAUAAAGGCAAUAACUCUUUGUCAGUCAAGCAACGCAACGAAAAGGAUGAAGGAUACUUCCAGUGGAGUGGUAAUAAAAAGACAGCUUUGGCUCAAACAAAGAAAUCGAUGGAUGAUCUGAUCUCUACUUUUCAAGAGGCCAACCUAUGGUCUGUGUUUUGUAUCAAGCCAAAUAAUACGGGAAGCAGUACAGAGUUUGACAGCUAUUUGGUAAAGUCUCAAGUUGAAGUGUAUGGAUUACGGCAUAUAACGCAUAAAAUGAAUGAAUUCUAUACAAUUUCAUUUCUGCAUCAAGAUUUUUUAAAGCGAUAUUCACCCUUGCUAUAUAUUCCGGAUGAGAUUGAGGGAACAGAGCCUCAUGAACUGUGCAAAAUAGUAAAGCAAUCGAGUUCCUGGACAGAUAAUGAUGUAGCUAUUGGCACUACAAAGGUAUUUUUGGGAUAUUCACUUUGGCAUUCACUUGAAGAAAGGCUGCGUAUGUUAGAAAAGGAAGAGAAAAGAAGCAGCAAGACGUUAUUAGCAGAACAAGCUGGUAUAAAUACCAAAGUCCAUUCUAACUCACCUCAGGAAUAUCAACAAAAUUCUUGUUCAGAUGGGAUGAACUAUAUAAAGCAGCCACAAAGUGCGCCUAAUGACAUUGGUAGAGUGAUGCUCAAUGCUCGCUCCAGUUCACUGGUGGGAUCUCCUAGUAGCCCAUCCUUUGUACCUGAAGAAGAUAGGACAGCAGGUACCUACUCGCCUCCCAACUUUCCAGAUACAUAUGAACAAGAUACCAAUGCAACAGAAGAAAAGCCAAGUACGAUGACGCCCGGUCGCAAACGCUGGCUUGCUCUUGUUUAUGCACUUACAUUCUUUAUUCCCAGUUUUCUUUUGACAAAAAUGGGCGGUAUGAAGAGACGAGAUGUUCGAAUAGCCUGGCGUGAGAAAUUAGCUCUUUGCUUUAUCAUCACUUUUAUGUGCUGCUUUGUCAUCUGGUUUCUAGUAUUCUUUGGAGAACUCAUAUGCCCUCACCAAAGUGUCUUUUCUAUAAAUGAAUUGAGAGGUCACAAAGCACCUGACAAUGCAUACGUAGCUAUUCGUGGAGAAGUAUUCAACCUAGGCGAAUUUGCUUCACAUCAUUAUCCUAGUAUGGUCCCUACAAAGUCUGUCUUAACAUAUGCUGGAACUGACGCUAGCGAGAUUUUCCCUAUACAAGUGUCAGACUUGUGUGAAAACGUAUCCCCUUAUGUCUCUCUCGACUACCAACGAAACUACAGCGACCCAAAUGCGGAAUAUCAUGACUACACAUACUCAAGUGGGAGCUAUAAGCAAAACUGGUACUACGACCAAAUGACAAUGCUCCGAAAGAACUAUAAAGUUGGACAUAUCGGCUGGGAGAUGAAGGCUAUCGAUGAUCAAGCAAAGGGUGCCUACAAAAUGAAUGGACAGUCCAUGAACCGUUAUUGGGCGGUCAUCAACAACGCUGUGUACGAUUUGACGCCUUAUAUUCUUGGAGGACGAUACGUGUCUGCUCCACCGAAUGAAGAAGCGCCUGCUAAUAUAAGCACUGACUUUCUUGAUAUCUCGGUUGUGAAUCUGUUUUGGCAAAAUUCUGGAACUGACAUCACGGAAAAAUUCAAUGAGCUGCCCAUCAGCAGUGAUAAAAGAUAUAGAGAGCUUGCGUGUAUCAGGAAUUUAUACUUUGUAGGCAUGGUUGAUUCGAGAAAUUCUAUCAAGUGUCAGUUCUCUACAUAUUUCUUGUUGGUUAUUACUGUUUGCCUAUGUAUUGUCAUAUUCUUCAAAUUCCUGGCUGCCCUGCGUAUAGGAAGCCCUCGUAUGCCCGAGGAUCUUGAGAAGUUUGUCAUCUGCCAAGUUACUUGCUACACAGAAGAUGAAGAUUCAUUAAGGAAAACAAUCGAUUCGCUUGCCACUCUCAACUACAAUGAUAAACGCAAGCUGAUCGUGGUCAUUUGCGAUGGCAUGAUUGUCGGUAGCGGCAACGAUAGACCAACACCUAGAAUCGUUCUGGACAUCUUUGGUGUGGAUCCUCAAGUAGACCCAGAGCCACAUUCAUUUUUAUCUGUUGGGGAGGGAACGAAAAAGCACAACAGAGCCAAAGUGUUUUCGGGAUUAUACCAAGUCAGAGGCCACGUUGUGCCGUAUCUAGUCAUCGUCAAGGUGGGCGCUCCAAACGAACGACAAAAGCCUGGAAACAGAGGUAAACGCGAUUCACAGCUGAUCACGAUGCAGUUUUUGAAUCGUGUUUAUUAUGGUGCACCGAUGAACCCUUUACAGCUUGAGCUUUAUCAUCAAAUGAGGAAUGUCAUUGGUGUCCCUCCAGAGUUUUAUGAAUACGUUCUGAUGGUGGAUGCAGAUACUGAGGUUAUGUCUGAUGGACUGAGUUAUCUGGUAUCGAGUAUGGCGCAUGAUGCAAAUAUCAUUGGUGUUUGUGGUGAAACAACACUCGCAAACGAGAAGGAUACCUGGGUCACCAUGAUUCAGGUCUACGAAUACUUUAUUUCUCACCAUAUGAUUAAAGCCUUUGAAUCCCUGUUUUCUACUGUCAGCUGCUUACCAGGAUGUUUCACUAUGUAUCGAGUACGUACAGUUGACGGCAAACGCCCGUUAUUUGUCAGCAAUGAAGUCAUUGAAGACUACUCUGUUACCACAGUAGACACUUUACAUAAGAAAAACUUGUUAUACCUAGGCGAAGACCGUUACUUGACAACGCUGCUUCUCAAACACUUUCCAAAUUUCAAAACCAAGUUUAACCCUGACGCACAUUGUCAGACAAAUGCUCCCGACACAUGGAGCGUUUUAAUCUCUCAGCGUCGACGUUGGAUUAAUUCAACCGUGCAUAAUCUGGGUGAACUCGUAUUUCUACCACAUCUCUGUGGUUUCUGUUGCUUCUCUAUGCGCUUUGUUGUCAUGCUAGAUCUCAUCAGCACUCUGGUUCAGCCUGCACUCUUGGGUUACUUGGGAUUCUUGUGCUACAAGCUAGCCACUGCGCAUAACCAGAUACCCUACAUUACCAUCAUGACUUUAGGAUGCACCUAUGGCAUACAGAUGAUAUUGUUCAUUAUGAACCGUCGUUGGGAAUACGUUGCUUGGUUCAUCGUCUCUAUUCUUGCUCUACCUGUGUUUUCUUUCUACAUUCCUAUAUACGCUUAUUGGCACUUUGAUGAUUUCUCUUGGGGUAAUACUCGAAUUGUGGUUGGAGAAAAGGGCCAAAAGGUUAUCAUUAACGAUGAAGGUGAAUUUGAUCCUAAAUCAAUACCACUGAUAACGUGGCGAGAACAUGAGAAAAUGAUGACCCCGGAUAUCGAUCAAGUGUCACAAAGGAGCAGCUAUCUCCUGCACACAGGCUCCGCUUACGGCCUCCCAGAAUAUACACCAAACCCCACAUACUACAAGCAGCGGUCACCAUGCUAUCAAAUGACUGCCAGUCAAUCUAUACCUGGAUCCCUAUUCGAAAGGGAAUCAUAUACUAGCGAACGCAGUAGACGCUAUCCAAAUUCGCACGUAUAG